AUGAUUUCUUCCUUGAGACAGCCUGUUGUGGGGAUCAGUGGUUCUGAUCUUCUUAUGAGGCAAAGACAUGCAACCCCAGUUAAGGCAAGGUCGUUUUUACCUUCUUUAUCGAGAGAACAGGGUCAGGGAUCUCUGGUUUCAGUGCAUAAGCCACUGCACAUUGCUUCUUCCCUUGGAAGUGGAAAUUUUGUGUCAGUGAAGAGUGAUGGAAGAAGGGGUGAUUUGGGGAGGUGUGAGGCCUAUGAGGCAGAUAGAUCAGAGGUUGAGGCUACAAACACACCAUCAGAGGCUGCAAAAAAGGUGAAAAUUGGGAUAUAUUUUGCAACCUGGUGGGCUCUGAAUGUGGUGUUCAAUAUUUAUAACAAGAAGGUGUUGAAUGCCUACCCGUACCCUUGGCUGACUUCAACUCUCUCACUUGCAUGUGGGUCUCUUAUGAUGUUGAUCUCUUGGGCCACUGGGAUUGCAGAAGCCCCGAAGACUGAUCCUGAAUUUUGGAAGACUUUGUUCCCUGUUGCUGUUGCACAUACAAUAGGGCAUGUAGCGGCAACUGUUAGUAUGUCAAAAGUUGCAGUAUCAUUUACACAUAUUAUCAAGAGUGGUGAGCCUGCUUUUAGUGUUCUGGUUUCAAGAUUUCUCUUGGGUGAGACCUUCCCUGUGCCAGUCUAUCUGUCUUUACUUCCGAUCAUUGGUGGAUGUGCACUUGCAGCUGUGACUGAACUCAAUUUCAACAUGACUGGUUUUAUGGGGGCUAUGAUAUCAAACUUGGCAUUUGUAUUCCGUAAUAUCUUUUCGAAAAAGGGCAUGAAGGGAAAGUCUGUCAGUGGAAUGAAUUACUAUGCUUGUUUAUCUAUUUUGUCCCUUGCAAUUCUCACACCCUUCGCAAUUGCUGUUGAAGGGCCACAGAUGUGGAUUGCCGGAUGGCAAACAGCCGUCUCUCAGAUCGGAAACCAACUCAUAUGGUGGGUUGCAGCUCAAAGUGUAUUCUAUCAUCUAUACAAUCAAGUGUCAUACAUGUCUCUGGAUGAGAUCUCUCCAUUGACGUUUAGCAUUGGAAACACCAUGAAACGUAUAUCUGUCAUCGUGUCUUCAAUUAUUAUCUUCCACACACCAGUUCAACCUGUCAAUGCUCUUGGUGCUGCUAUUGCCAUCCUUGGAACCUUCUUAUAUUCACAGAGGGUGAAGUUGGUUAUGAAUGUACCUUGUGUUUUAUCUUCCAAUCUAAUGGAUGGUAUUCUGAAGUUAGGUGAUCCAGUGUUUUAUUGCUUACCUUGUAGACUUUCCAAAGCUGACCACACCAAAUACUUUAGCAUAUGCCUUAUUGUUCAUAACAUCACAAUGAAGCUUCUAAUGAAAGCAUCUGAAGGUAGAAGGCAAAACAAUAGAUUUGGGGAACUAAAAUUCCUUGAAGGACUUGUUUGUUGCUGUUCUUCAUGCUCAACCAGGGACAAGAAAAUUGAUUUUGGAAUGUGUCACUGCUGGAUUUUUGCAAGACUAGGAUGA